GUAACAAUUCAAAACUAAUUUUAUUCCGACAUGUCGAAAAUUCACAAUUUUGUGUGACACACUUUCUGAACUUUCCCCUGGUAGUUUAAAUAUCGCCCGUCUCUAAUUACCUAGCACUUCUCAUCUCUAACUAUAAUAGUCCAUCUCUAAUCCAAACAUUGCACAAUAAUUAUUGCCGAAAAUAUAGAAAUUUGUCAAAACGAUUAUGAAUUUAAGCCGGCUGCAUUUUGUGGUGCGCCAAUUGGUAAGUGUCCAGCAGGCUCCACUGCAAAGAUUCUUGGCGCAUUCCCAAGCGGCAGGCGAAAAGGACAAACCAAAUAAGACGCAAACAAAUCAAAAAAUUACACUCAUUGGGCAAAACCAAGCCUUAUCAGUCACAACAUUGGAGGAGGCAAAGAAAUUGGCCAAGAGGCGUGAAUUGCACUUGUUGCGCACCGAACAAAAUGAUGCAAAAACAGGACGACCUACUUUCAAACUAGUCACAACAGCUGAAAUGUUAAACGAGGAGGGAGGAGUAACACAAACGUCGGUCAACGAAAAAAAUCAAAAGAAAUCCGAGAAAUCUUUGACCAUAGGAGCCCGUAUCACAGAUCAUGAUUUAUCGUCGAGACUGAAGAAUAUUGUUAAAUGGCUGGGCAAGAAGCACGAAGUUCGCAUAUUGAUCCAAGGUGCAAGUGGGCCAAGCGAUGCUGAUGGCAAUGCCGAGCGCUUGGUUAAGGCCAUUGAACAGACAAUUAAAGAGCCAAAUGUUAUAGGCAAAAUUGUCCAGAAACGCAGCAAAGGUUCCAUGAUCAAAUUUAGCAUUUUACCUGUCUCGCCCCCUCCUGUGGCAACAUCGUGACAAUCAGCGCCAUCGCCUCGGAUAUAUCUUAAGCAUGGCAUGAACAUUGCUCCAAUCCCAAUGCAGAUACGGAGUCUCAGCCAAAGUUCGCAGAAUGAUGGAGACCCGUCUGUUGGCAUCGCUAAACCCGCCAUGGUGGCAGCUGCAUCCUUUUUCUUUUUAUUUACCAUGAAAUAUGUUUUUUGGAUACGCAUUCUAAAAAAUGCCCAGAAUGAUAAUAACUGCCGAAGUGAUAGUAACUGAAAACAAUAGAUAUUAAGCAACUUUCGAUUCUGUUUUAAUGCCCAGCAUUCGAUUUUCUCAUUUCAAAUAUAAUGCGUAAAUUCAACAAA